UACUGUCAUCUCCCAGAUUCUGCUAUGGCUCCCUUGGAAAACAAUUCUGCUAUGGCUCCCCUGGAAAACAAUUCAUCCAAUGAAGUCCCUGGACCUAGAAAGUCUCGUCUCAACAAAUAUGCCUUUGCAGCUGCUCUGCUGGCUUCCACAACUUCAGUUCUACUCGGAUAUGAUAUUGGUGUGAUGAGCGGCGCAAUCAUUUACAUCAAGGAAUACAUCCACAUUUCUACAAUUGAAGUAGAGAUCCUGGUUGGUUCAUUGAAUGUAUGUUCAUUGAUUGGCUCACUGCUUGCUGGGAAGACAUCUGAUUGGAUUGGUCGACGUUAUACCAUAGUGUUAGCAGCAGCAACAUUUUUCAUAGGUGCAAUUCUAAUGGGGUUAGCACCAUCUUUUGCAUUCUUGAUGGCUGGGAGAGUGAUUGCUGGUAUUGGCGUCGGUUACUCCCUCAUGAUAGGUCCAGUUUACACUACGGAGCUUUCUCCGGCUACAAGCCGAGGAUUUCUCUCAUCACUUCCUGAGCUUUUCAUAACUAUAGGAAUUCUGAUUGGUUACCUAUCUAACUAUUUCUUAGCUAGUCUUCCAGAUCAUAUAAAUUGGAGAAUAAUGCUUGGGUUAGCAGGAUUUCCAGCAAUUGCCAUUGGUUUUGGUGUCGUGCUGAUGCCAGAGUCUCCUAGGUGGCUUGUCAUGAAAGGGCGGUACGACGAAGCAAAUAAGAUUCUAGGAAAAACUUCAGACACAGAGGAGGAAGCUGAAUUAAGACUUGAAGAAAUGAAAAGGGCAGCUUCAAACUUGGGUUGUGAAAAUUCAAGCCACUUUAGUGGGAAAGGUGUUUGGAAGGAGUUGUUGUUAAGACCGUCUCGUCCCCUUCGUAGAAUUCUUGUUGCAGCCAUUGCCAUCAACUUUUUCAUGCAGGCCUCAGGCAACGAUGCUGUUGUUUAUUACAGUCCCGAAGUGUUCAAGGCCGCUGGAAUCCACAACAAGAAAAAGCUUUUUGGAAUUACAGUAAUCAUGGGACUUAGCAAGACAUUCUUUGUUCUGGUUUCUGCUCUUUUCUUAGACCGGUUUGGAAGGCGACCACUCCUAAUGAUAGGAACUAUUGGGAUGGUUGUUUCGUUGGUAGGGUUAGGCUUGGGAUCAAAAUUUCUGGGAGAGAAUGACAUUAAGCCAACCUGGGCAAUUGUUUUGAGUAUAAUUGCAGUUUGUGCUGAUCUUUCCUUCUUUUCCAUUGGGCUUGGCCCCAUUACAUGGGUGUAUUCUUCUGAGAUUUUUCCGAUGAAGUACCGAGCACAAGGCAGCAGCAUUGCAGUGUCAGUGAACAGGGUGGUGAGUGGAGUUGUGUCCAUGACCUUCCUAACCAUUGCACACAAGAUUACCUUUGCUGGAGUUUUCUUCAUUCUUGCUGGGACUAUGACAGUGGCGACCAUUUUCUUCUUCAUUUUCUUGCCUGAAACAAAAGGUAAAACCCUGGAAGAGAUUGAGGCUCUUUUUGAGGAUAAAGUUUCCUCUUGA